AUGCAGGUACGUGCGUUCGGCUACUACAUCGACGGCGAGACCGGCGAGAUUGUAGACAUGGCCGUGCGCGCCAUAUGGGAGCCGCUCGCAGUCAAGAUGCAGGUAUGUUCUGCCGGCUACUACAUCGACGGCGAGAACGGCGAGAUCGUAGACAUGGCCGUGCGCGCCAUACGGGAGCCGCUCGCAGUCAAAAUGCAGGUAUGUGCUGCCGGCUACUACAUCGACCACGGCGAGAUCGUAGACAUGGCCGUACGCACCAUACGGGAGCCGCUCGCAGUCAAAAUGCAGGUAUGUGCUGCCGGCUACUACAUCGACGGCGAGAUCGUAGACAUAUCCGUGCGCACCAUACGGGAGCCGCUCGCAGUCAAAAUGCAGGUAUGUGCUGCCGGCUACUACAUCGACCGGCGAGAUCGUAGACAUGGCCGUGCGCACCAUAUGGGAGCCGCUCACAGUCAAAAUGCAGGUAUGUGCUGCCGGCUACUACAUCGACCGAACGGCGAGAUGGUAGACAUGGUCGUGCGCACCAUACGGGAGCCGCUCGCAGUUAAGAUGCAGGUAUGUGCUGCCGGCUACUCUAUCGACGGCGAGAUCGUAGAUAUGUCCGUGCGCACCAUACGGGAGCCGCUCGCAGUCAAGAUGCAGGUAUGUACUGCCGGCUACUAUAUCGACGGCGAGAUCGUAGAUAUGUCCGUGCGCACCAUACGGGAGCCGCUCGCAGUCAAGAUGCAGGUAUGUGCUGCCGGCUACUCUAUAUCGACGGCGAGAUCGUAG